AUGCUAUUACCUCACUAGUAUCCUUUUAUGAAUAACAACGAGGGAAAUUUUCUCUUUAAAAUUUAAUUUUGCUUUUAUUUUGCUUAGCAUCUACAUGUUAGCUCUUGCCUAUAUUUUUAUGUUUUAAAAGCGUGCUUUUUAAGGCUAUAUCACUGAGUCAAAUUUCACAUCAAUUUUGUCCAUGUGAAGGUCAUGUACCACACAGGAGACUGCAUGGUUGAGGGGUUAGAGUGCUGGACUUGUGAUCCAGAGGCUCUGAGUCCCGUCCUGACCACUAGUGGAUUUGUUUUGGUAGUACCAAGUACAACUCCUCAGCCACACUCUUAAAUUAGCCAAGUGGUAUGCCUCUUAACAGCUGGGAUUCUCAACCAUGUUAUGUUCCAUUUGACUUAAUUGUUUCAUUAUACCUGGAAAGCGCCACGAGAAGAGAGGAUAAUUUUUAAGUAUUUAAUUUAAUUAAUAAAUGUAUUAAUCCAGGACUGACUUUAAGUCAUUGUGAUUUAUUCAUUUGUCAAAAUAUUUAUUGUACCUUACAUAAUCCUUAAUUCUUUGAAGCCAUGAUGUUAACAUCAUGUAUAUUCCUGGCAAAGACCCAGCUAUGGUGUUCUUGAAUGCCAAGAACAAGGUGGUACUGGUAUGUAUGCCAUUCAGUUCAUAUCUUUGUCACUUAAAUUGUAUACUUUGCAGCUACUUUCCCUUGUCACUUAUCAGGCAAUGGGCUCUUGGUGUCAUAUAUUUUGUGGCUUAGUACCAAAAAAUUUAGUGGCUAUUUAGCAAAUCAACUCCAUUUUGCCAUGUGUCUGUUCAGUUAUUGGACUUAGAUCACAGAUUAUGUUAAGAUGUUGUUACAAAAAGAAAGGGAGCCUUGCAGAGGAGCAGGUGGAUUUUGCAGACAGCUUGCUCUUAUAUAAAACCCUAGCUUGGAUUGGAAACUGUUUUCUUUUUCCUCACUAGUACACAUAGGAUAGGACUGGAAAAACGUCCUGUCCAGUAGUCCAGGACAAGCAGAUUUUCAGUCAUUUUACAGAAAAAAGUUGCUGGGUGCCCCUGACAGCUGCACUUGCUAUGAUCAUAGGGUUCCAAAAAAGUCCCAUCCAGUAGUCCAGGACAAGUAAAUUUUCUCGCUGGGCAAGUAACUUUUAAAGCUUGCUUGCCCAAUAGGCAAGGGACCAGGCAAGUCAUCCUCCAACAAAAUUAUAGACUAAGACAAGCAAGAAGUGGCCUCAAGCAAGCGAAAUGUAAUUAAGCUUUUUGCCUAAAAGACAAGUUGGAAGUCAAGUUUUUUUUCCAAGCCCUGAAGAGGCGAAUCCGUGUACUAUUUUUGGUGUUUGUUUUUGUGUUCUAGGAAGAAGAUGUCUCCGAGAAAAGUAAAGAAGAAAUCUGCCAGAUUUUAGAAAAGCAUGGCAUGAUGAAAUCAGAAGUAGCUAGGGAUGAAGUUCCUGAAGAACCAGAAGAUGAACCAGAGGAGACAUAUGAAGAAGAAGGGACUUGGGAUGAGGAUCAGGAGACUGGAGAUGAGGAAGAGGAGGAGGAGGAGCCUGAGGAUGAAGAGGGAACUGAAGGGCCUGGAACUGAAGAACAUGAAGAUGAAUUUGAUGCCCCCGAUCACAUUGAGCUUUAG